AGGCACAUUGCUGAUUGUCCACUUGACUAAUGACUCUCACAGACGCGCCCCUCCCCUCCUGUCUCUUGUUUUCUUGGAAAUCAGUGUACGGCCGCUUGUUAGAGAGGACAAGGGAGGGGACCGACAGCAUUGUUCCACCUACAGCUUGGAAGAGACUCAAAUGUUCCUGGGUCUCGCUGGACCAAAAGAAGGACGUGGUGGAAUUUGGAAUGGAAUCAAUGGGCGUAUUUUGAUGGAGAGGAGCGAUUUGGAAACUUGAUGCCAUUGUCUCCGGCCUGCUGCAGAAAUGGCUGGAGGUCAGUACCAGGUGACGAGCGCCAAGCUCCACCACAGCCACUACAGCCUGACGGACAGCUCCGGUGCCAGCUCCGAGGAUGAGGAGGAAGACAACCAGCGUCGCCUCACUCCACUGCAGAGGCUCACCACUGCAAUGUGCAAGGACGAGAAGGUCAUCAAGGAGCUGAUCAUCGGCCGCAGGGUUGGAUUCUACAAGGUGCGCGGGGAGAUCGGCUAUGGGACCUUCUCCAGGGUCAAACUGGCUUUCCACGCGCUGACCAGAGACAAAGUGGCCCUGAAGGUCCUGGACAGGAUGAGGCUGGAUGCUCAGGCUCAGCGUCUGCUCUCCAGAGAGAUCAGCAGCAUGGAGCACCUGCAGCACCCCAACCUGGUCCGUCUGUACGAGGUAGUGGAGACUCCGAGUCGCCUCUUCCUGGUGCUGGAGUACGCGGGAGGAGGAGACCUCCACAACAAGAUCUGCUCUGAGGGAAAGCUGUCUGACAACGUCAGCAAGAUCACCUUCGCUCAGAUCCUCUCUGCCAUCAAAUACAUGCACAGCGUCAACAUCAUCCACCGGGACCUGAAAGCAGAGAACAUCCUGUUCACCGGCAGCGGCUGUGUGAAGGUGGCUGACUUUGGAUUCAGCACGCAGGUGUCAAACCGCAGCAACUUCCUGGACACUUUCUGCGGCUCCCCGCCCUACGCCGCCCCAGAGCUCUUCAGGGACGAGUGCUACCUGGGGCCUCCGGUGGACGUGUGGGCCAUGGGGGUCGUGCUUUUCUUCAUGGUGACCGGCACUCUGCCCUUCCGCGCCGACACCAUCGGCAAGCUGCGGCGCUGCAUCAUGGAAGGCUCCUACGCCAUCCCGCCGUGGGUGGCCGGCCCCUGUCAGAGGCUCAUCAGGGGCAUCUUGAAGUCGGACCCCACCGAGCGCUGCGCCCUCGACCAGAUGAUGGGCUGCGACUGGCUCCUACCUGUGGAGUUUCCCUGGUCAUUGGUGACUUGUGACCCAGCGAGCCUGCUGGACACAGAGCGCAGUGAUCUAGAGGAGGAAGAGGAAGAGGUCAGAAUUUCAAUGGAGGAGCUCGGCUUUACCAAGGAGCACCUAGAAAACAAUAAGCUCCAGGACAGCCGCAACCCCGUCACUGGCAUUUAUCGGAUUCUACAGCACAGGGCCAAGAAGAGGAGAGGCUACGACUGUCCUCCUAUUGUCCGAGGGAUGGUGAGGGACCCCAAGAGGGAGGGGCUGCGGGCCUACAGAGGCCUCAGGCACACCUCCAAGUUCUGUGUGCUUUCAUAACAGACUGUUCAGCACAAUUUUAUACUGAGUUUUUUAAUUUGCUUUUUUUAUACCAUCAUUAUACCACAUUUUAAUUUACUAUGAAAAAGUGACUUGUAUAUUCCAACUUGUGGUGAUAGCCUAAGAUAAAUGUGGAUGUGCCAUAUGAAAUAAAACAAUGUGUAUUGUAUAAAUUCAAA